AUGGAUGUCCUUGAUGCCGAUAACGAGGACCCAUUUACACUGGAAAGCUUAGAAUCGCUAAUUCACAGUCAUGCCAAGAAAGGUUUAGAUUUUAUCAUUGCGCGAGUCACUACAGUUGAUCCCAAUAAUGAGGAGCGCUUUUAUUACUCCUAUUAUGCUGCUCACCACAUUAACAAGGUCCUGUUUCGCACACAGCCCGAAGAAGGACUUCUUCAUAGAAUGCGCGCUAAAAACCCCCUUAAUAAUAUGACAAUUGUAGGCGAUGUGCACUACUAUGCUAUACCAGCAUCAGCUGCAAUAGCCCGCAUGAACGAUCUAGAUAAACUUGAAGCUCCGCAGUCGCCUUUAGGAAAAGUCGGAACAAGUAUCAUCAAAGCUAUUUUUCCAGUAGAUAUUACCAAAACUGCAAGCAGCACAGUUCGCAAUCAUUUUAGCUCCAGACCAGAUGAAGCCAGCUUUGUUGGUGACGACUCACUUUUACGAUUUCUUGAAAGCUCAGGGGUCAACGCAAGACAAAAGAAACUUCAUUUGAUUGCUCGCCCAGAAGCCUUUGAGUCUGAUGCGUCAGUCAUUUCAAGAUCCAAUUACAGCAUUGAAAAGCAGGAAAAUAGAACUCCAAAAACCACUGCAGACAAGAUUAAAUCAAAGUCUCAUACUCGACGCGAAUCAAGCCGCAGAAAUUCGUUUGACGAUGCUUACCGCGAUCCUUUACCUGCAGCUAUUACGGCAACUACAAGCAAUAAUACUUCAAAUAUUACUACUGAUUUAUAUCAAGACUCGAAAUCUAUUGCUGGACCCAGUAGCGCUCAUUCUGGCUCGCCAAAUACAGUAGAUCUUAAUCGCCACCAUAAUAUUCGAUCGUUUGCAUUUAGCAAUGAUCAUAUUGGAUCCAUGACAGUUCAAGACUGGGUUCAUCAGCAAUCUUUAUUAAAAGCCAAACUUAUUCAAAAUAAUUCACAGGAUAUUACAUUGGCAGCCACUACUGGUAGUCAUUCAGCUAGAAUGGCAGACAAACGCACUAUAUACCCGAGUAGACUAACCCAAUCAGCUAAAUCGUCUCCAAUUGGAGCAACUAUGCAUUCUCCUGUUGUCGAACCAUUUCAUCCAAUAACACCACCUUUGGAGUUUUUUUACGAGGCAACAUACUAUGCCUCUGAUGACGAUUUUUUGAUGAAGGCAAGUGUUCGGUCGUAUUUCAAGGAAAAUGCCCUCGAGGCUGGUGAUGCAGUUCUUUUUACCAUCUCUACCAACACAGACAGUUCUGAGCAAGCAACAGAUCAACAUCCUGCAUUGUUAAACUUUAUGUACUCUGUCAGCGAAUCGGAUAACGAAAACAGAGCUAUGCGUAACUUGGACAUGAAUAAGCUUUUUAAAUGGAUGAUUGUUAUUUAUGCAAUCAUGGCGGUUGUCAUUGUCAAAUUUUUCGUUCCUGUCCAAUUUGCAUUUGUUGUUGGAUUCGUGCUGGUUUUUCUUUUUGGUCUAAUUUUGAUUGUGUGCAUUUAAAAGAAAAGGCUACUGCACUCUGUUCUUAUUUUCGAGGCAUAAACUACCGAGUGUUUAUUUUC